GCCGGCCCGGCUCGGCGGCAGGGAGGAGGCGGCGCGGGGGGGCCCGCGGCGUGAGGGGAUUCCAGGCCUCAGCGGCUCCGCUUCCCCCGCCGAGCCCCAUGUGAGGCGCCCCGCGCCGGGGCCAGGGAGCGGGGCCAUGAAGAAGGACGUGAGGAUCCUGCUGGUGGGAGAACCCAGAGUUGGGAAGACCUCACUAAUUAUGUCUCUUGUCAGUGAAGAAUUUCCAGAAGAGGUUCCACCACGAGCUGAAGAAAUCACCAUUCCAGCUGAUGUCACCCCUGAAAGAGUGCCAACACACAUAGUGGAUUAUUCAGAGGCAGAGCAAAGCGAUGAGCAGCUUUACCAUGAAAUAUCACAGGCGAAUGUGAUUUGUAUAGUGUAUGCUGUUAACAACAAGAAUUCUAUUGAUAAGGUAACAAGUCGCUGGAUUCCUCUCAUCAAUGAAAGGACAGACAAAGACAGCAGAUUGCCUCUUAUAUUAGUUGGAAACAAGUCUGAUCUAGUGGAAUACAGCAGUAUGGAAACAAUCCUUCCCAUCAUGAAUCAAUACACAGAGAUAGAAACAUGUGUAGAGUGUUCAGCCAAAAACUUGAAGAAUAUAUCUGAGCUAUUUUAUUAUGCACAGAAAGCUGUUCUACAUCCCACAGGUCCUCUUUAUUGCCCAGAGGAGAAAGAGAUGAAACCUGCCUGCAUAAAAGCACUGACUCGCAUCUUUAGGAUUUCUGAUCAGGAUAACGAUGGCACUCUCAAUGAUGCAGAGCUCAACUUCUUUCAGAGAAUUUGUUUCAAUACACCACUGGCACCUCAAGCCUUGGAAGAUGUAAAGAAUGUAGUCAGGAAAAAUGUGAGUGAUGGAGUUGCAGAUAAUGGAUUAACAUUAAAAGGUUUUCUUUUUCUACACACACUUUUCAUUCAGCGGGGAAGGCACGAAACAACUUGGACUGUUCUGCGUCGGUUCGGAUACGACGAUGACUUAGAGCUUACGCCAGAGUACUUAUUUCCCCCGUUAAAAAUUCCCCCAGACUGCACGACAGAGCUAAAUCACCAUGCAUACUUGUUUCUUCAAAGUAUUUUUGAUAAACACGAUUUGGACAGAGACUGUGCUUUGUCUCCGGAUGAACUGAAAGAUUUGUUCAAAGUCUUCCCUUACAUGCCCUGGGGACCUGAUGUUAACAACACUGUUUGUACAAACGAAAGGGGCUGGAUUACCUACCAAGGGUUUCUCUCUCAGUGGACACUAACCACGUACUUAGAUGUACAGCGCUGCUUGGAGUACCUGGGUUAUUUAGGCUACUCAAUACUUGCAGAACAAGAGUCUCAAGCAUCAGCAAUUACAGUAACGAGAGACAAAAAGAUAGACCUCCAAAAAAAGCAGACGCAGAGAAACGUCUUCCGAUGCAAUGUUGUUGGAAUGAAAGGCUGUGGGAAAAGUGGAGUUCUUCAGGCUCUCCUUGGAAGAAAUCUAAUGAGGCAGAGGCAAAUCCGUGCAGAACACAAGUCAUACUAUGCCAUUAAUACAGUCUAUGUGUAUGGACAGGAAAAAUACUUACUGCUACAUGAUGUCAGCGACUCUGACUUCUUAACUGAUGCUGAGACCAUAUGUGAUGCUGUCUGCCUGGUAUAUGAUGUCAGUAACCCUAAGUCCUUUGAGUACUGUGCCAGGAUUUUUAAGCAGCACUUCAUGGAUAGCAGAAUACCAUGCUUAGUGGUAGCUGCAAAGUCUGACUUGCAUGAAGUCAGACAGGAAUAUAGUAUUUCUCCUGCUGAUUUCUGCAAAAAACACAAAAUGCCUCCACCUCAAGCCUUUACUUGCAAUACAGUGGAUGUGCCGAGCAAGGAUAUCUUUGUGAAGCUGACCACCAUGGCAAUGUAUCCCCAUGCCCGGUUACGCUGUAUGUGCGCCUGCAACAGGUGUACAUUUUGCAUCUGUCAGAACUUCCUCAACUCAGACUUGCUGCAAUCUGUAAAGAACAAACUCUUCACUGCAGUUCUUAACAGGUUAAGAUCCUACAUAGAUGAGUUGGGGGCCAUGCUGUUAGCAGACGAGGAGAGCAGUAUUAUGCAGCAGGUGCACGCCGUCAACUCUGUAGAAGAUUCCAUCUUCAUGGAGUCAUCUCUUGGUCCACGUGUACUUGAAGACAGGCACGUGACACAAGCGGACCUCAAGAGCUCCACGUUCUGGCUCCGAGCAAGUUUUGGUGCUACUGUCUUUGCAGUGUUGGGUUUUGCUAUGUACAAAGUGCUACUAAAGCAACGGUGAUCUGAGAAGAAGCACAUCUGGCCCUACCAAAUCAAAACUCCCCACUUUUAUGUACAUUCUGAAUGCUUUAAAUUCUGCUAGAAAUAUUUAUAUAUGCAGAGUUACUUUAUUAAUAUUUGUAAUUCAUGCAUAAGAUUAUUUUAAAUUAUAGCUCUAACUAAGGUAUUAUUGCAUAAUGCGUGGAAAAAAAAGAGGGGGGAGGGAAAUUGCAUCUUAACAGCCAGCUUAAAUGGCUUAACUCGUGAGGCCAAAAGGGAACCUGAUGUAAAUAACCUGUACAUAGUAAAGCAGUAAGACAUUGCUUCCCAAAAAGCUAUUCAAAAUGCUGUCCUUGGGUGUCUCACCAUGGUGACAUACUGCUGUAUAGUUGACAUUCAUUUUCAGUAGAAUAGGUUCAACUCAAGGAACAAACUUCCUUAAGGAUUGCUUUAUUUAUUUCACAUGAAUCUGCAGUGAGUUAAUCAUUUUGGACUAUUUAAGCUGUACCAGGCAGGAUGGGUGAUUUUCAUUCUUACCUGUUACUUUUAACUCACGAACAAAUUUCCCCACUAAUUAUGUAUUCCAAGAAGAUGUCACUGUUGCAGUCCUGGCCUGUGAUUUUGUACCUUACAUGACCAGGGACAUACUCGGCAGUCUGAUUUUUCUUUUAAAAGAAGAAACAGAAACCCUGCCCCCAGAUCAGCUUCAUCUGCCAUCUGUAAGUUGUGUUUUUCAUCUCCCAUUAUGUUGUGUUUUAUAACCCUUCUCAUCCGAUGGGCAAACUUGUAUAUGAUAAAUGUUUAUAAUUCAACCAAGUGUUGCUGUUUAAUUUCUCACCUCUGUCAGUCAUCCCUGUUGAGAGCUGUGGAUAAGAUAAAACUGAAAUAGUACACAGUGCCUAUUCUGCUCUAGUAUAUUAGCUGCAUGGGUCACAGUGCAUUCUGUUACGGGCUGGAAUUACCUAGAGACACAGCUUUUUUUAAAGUAAAUCAAGUAAAUCAAACUAAUUCCUCAUGACAAACCUAUUUUUCCAUUGCUGGCCUUUUCGAGUAUUUCAAUAAAAUAACUGUGUACUGUG